AAUUCACCAGGACAUUAUUGAAGAUUUAAAGUCAGAACUGGGUGGUCACUUUGAAGAUGUUAUAAUAGCACUAAUGAUGCCUCCCGCGGAGUACCUCUGUCGGGAGCUGAACCACUGCAUGGAGGGCAUGGGGACGGAUGAAGAGGUCCUCGUUGAGAUAUUGUGUACACGCACUAAGCCGGAGAUAGCUGAGAUUGUGGACACCUAUGAAAGACUGUACAACCGCCCGUUGGCUGAGCACAUGUGUUCGGAAACGACUGGCGAUUUUAGACGCCUUUUGACUCUCAUCGUUACUUCGGUGCGGCAGGGUGCACGCGACGAGGAGGCGGGCGUUGACCCCGCGCGGGCGCAGGAGGCCGCGCAACAGCUGUUCGACGCGGGGGAGGCCAAGUGGGGCACGGACGAGGAGAUCUUCAACAAGAUUCUAGCUCACGAGAGCUUCGCCCAGCUGCGUCUUAUUUUCGAGGAGUACAAAAGCCUGUCGGGGCGCACCAUCGAGCAAGCCAUCAAGGCUGAAAUCGGAGGAGAGCUAAAAGAAGCCCUGUCUGCUAUUGUGGAGUGCGUAGAGAAUUCAGCGGCUUGGUUUGCAACUAAACUACGAGCAGCCAUGCAGGGCAUCGGAACCAAUGAUAGAACAAUCAUACGCAUCAUAGUGAGCCGAUCAGAAAUCGACCUGGGCGCCAUCAAGAGGGAAUACGAGAGGCUGUACGACAAGACCUUGGAGAGUGAAGUCAGGGGCGAGACUUCUGGAGACUACAAGAGGGCCCUCGUGGCUCUCAUCGGACCGGCGUAAGGGGACCUAGGAGUCUUUGCAGUUAGAAGAUUCGUUUGCAUCUAAGGCAAUAGGCCAUUUGUUGUGUCGCGUCAUAAUGCAUCUCAAUUUGGAUAUUAUUAGUGUAUUGUAUGAGUAUUUAAUAUUUAUUUAAGCUCUGAUCUGAAAGCCUAAAUGUUAAAUUAUUUCGAAUGUGACAGCUUUAAGAAUAAAUGGUAUUUUAUUAAUGUGUACAAUUGUACUGCCUUUAAAAUAAUUAAAUUCUUAUAUAUCGAUCAAUAUAUGAAGAUAUUAUUUAUUAUUAAUUUAUCAAAAAUUGUCAAUUGUAAUUAAAUCAUUCCAAAUUUUUUCUUCGUUUCUCGUGUGAUUAAGCUUUAAUUAAAACUUGUUUUUAAUAAAAUAUUUAUAAGCUUUAAA